AAGAAGUCAUCGGCGGUCACUCCCAUCAAUCUGGACAGUAGGGAACGGGUCCACGAGUUCCUCAACAAAUUCGACUUCAUUUUGUCCGACUGUGACGGCGUCCUGUGGGUCAACAACGGGGCCGUCAGAGGGGCCGCUCAGGCCAUCAACAAACUGAGAGCCCGAGGAAAACGGGUUUGUUUUGCCACUAAUAACAGCACCAAAACGAGGGAUGAAUUUCACCAAAAGCUCACUAAAUUGGGAUUUGAGGCCGAUUUGGACGAACUGUUCCCCACGUCCUACUCGACGGCAGUUUAUCUCAAGUCCAUUGGCUUCGACCGCAAAGUCUUUAUCGUCGGUCAGUCGGGUAUCGCCGGCGAGUUGGCUGACGUGGGAAUCGAGUCGACGGGUGUGGGCGCCGACCCCACGCCACGACACUGGACACCAGGAAUGGCUGAAGUGGAUCUGGACCCGGAUGUGGGGGCAGUGGUCAUCGGCUUUGACAACCAGAUCUCGUUCCCCAAACUCACGAAAGCCUGUUCUUAUGUCAGAGACAACGAGUGUCUGUUCAUCGCGAGCAACGCCGACGAGACAUACCCGCACCCCGACCCCAAAGUAGCCGUUCCCGGACCGGGCGCCUACGUGGCGGCCAUUCAGGCGGUGACCGGUCGAGACCCCAUCCCUCUCGGCAAACCCUAUCAGUACUUCUUCGACAUAAUCCGUUUACAACACCCGGAGAUCGACCCAAAACGCACGAUCAUGAUCGGUGAUCGGCUCACGACUGAUAUGGUCUUCGGCAGGAAUAAUGGCCUCAAGACUCUGUUCGUUCAGUCGGGGAUCGGGACCUACGAUGAUAUGAUUAACUUCAAGAACUCUCAGGACCCGGAGGAUCACAAAUGUGUGCCCGACUAUUACCUCGACAGUCUCGACGACUUGAAUAAAUAUCUGUAGACUUAGUCUCAAAUGUAUUGACAAUUAAUGCUUACUUUUUACGUGUUUUACUUGUAUUUUAUUAUUUAAAUGUUUUUUAAACACUUAUUUUUAUAUAUAAUUCAUUGGUUUUAAUAUUUAAAAUCAAUUGUGAUAUUCAAUAAGCCUUUCAUGAAUUCCUAUACAAAUAUAUUCAAUAAAAUGAUUCAAAUUUUGCGCAAAUA